UAUUCCAGUUGUUCAGGGUGGCAGUGCACGGUACGGCGUAAACAAAUCGACAAAAUACCGUUUAAACUAUUAAAAUAUAUAACUGUCUAAUGGACACGGAAUGCUCAAAACGUUAAAUAAGAAAGCUUAAGUUAACAGAAAUAAGAAAAUACCGAAAUAUCCACAGAGUUCAAUGUGUUCCAAUUGAAAGCAAACUUUAAAACGCGCGAAUAUGAUGGAAGUAACACAGAACGUUGAGUUACGGGAGCUGUCGACAGAGGAUGAUUUAAUCAGAAGUAUCACCGAGCUGGACCAUAAAGUUGAUAAGCUCACCAGCCCUGAUAUGAAAACAACGAUGGAACGCCGCAAAUCCACCAUCAAUGAGGAGUUACAUAAUGGUCUGACAGACGUCCUAGACAACGAUAUUAAGGCGACGUCGCCUAUCGAUAGUAUCGGCCAGAGCGAUGAUCACUCUGCCAGCAAAACGUUGCCGAGCGAACGCAAUGCCGGCACCGAUCUGGAUGCCCUGUUAGAUAAAAUUAGUUCGAUCGUAGGUUGCGAUCGCAAGGACUCCAUCGAUGAGGAGGAUGUGACAAUGGAGGUUAACAGCAAACCGAUUGCAGCCGAUAUCGAUAACACUGCAGAAGACAACACUGCGAUCGAUGAAGCAGAGGCAAAUGUGAUCGGCGCCGAAGCAAAGAAAAAGGAAGAACUGGACGAUAACAGCGUGGACGAGCUUAAAAGUUCAGAUCUAGCUGAAGUCGAAGAGAAACCUGAAGAGAACCCAGGAAAGACCUUAGAGGAAACUGAAAAUAAACAAAAUAUCAAUGAAAGUGAGACCGGCACAGCAGCGAACGAGGAUGUGCCGACUGAUGAAAAUAUGUUAGAUGAUCAAACAGAAGAAAAUGCUAAGAAGGAUUCGAAAAUCUCAAAACGAAAAAAGUCGCAGGCGGAAUCAGGGCAAACAAAUUCGAAUGAUGACAUCUUUUUGGAUGCUUUGGAAAGCAUCUCUAGUGCAGAUGAGUUUGAAACACUGGCCGAUCAGACGAUUGAUGAAACUGAAGAGCCAAGUCGCAAAGAGGAAAGCCAACACGAUCUAGAAGACAUAACCUCAGAUGAAAGCUAUUAUAAAGAUGAAAAAGAGGAUGGUGUCGAUGAUAAGAACAAAGCAGAAUCAUCAAUUAUUGAUCUAGACUCGUCUGAUGAGUGUUUGGCAACAGAUACAACAAUCGAAAAGCCUGUUCAAGAAGAUGCAGAAAUAGCAGAGUCAGCUAUGGAGAUUGAUAAAACUGAAGAUGAAAAGCAGGAGCUGAAUGACAAAACGUUAAAAAAGAGGUCAGUGGAAACUGACGAAGUGUGUGAAGAGAAGACCAAGACCGAUCGAGAGUCGGACAACGAAGGUACCGUGCCAUCUAAUAACAACGUUGUAGAGCCAACCAAGCCCAAGCCAAAUGGCGUCUUGGACGAUGAGACAGAAAAACAAGUCGAACAGUUGAAAGAGCAGGCGACGAGCAAAGCUUCAGAGAACAUCGUAGCUGAGACAAAGGAAGCAGAAUCAGAUGAUGAGGUCAUCUUUUUCGAGCCCAUUGAAAAGCCAGCGGAAGAAAGCGGAGCAGCUGAGAGUAAAACGGAAAGUGACAAAGAUAUGCCAGCGGCUGAUAAAAAGGUUGAAGAGGUGGUACUGUUGUCCGAGGAUGAAGACGAGCAACCGCCUGCAAAAAAAACAGCGGAGGAAUCCAAUCAAAGCAAAGAAAAAACAGCUCCGACUAAAGCAAACGAUUCGAAAUCGAAUGGAGUCUUGCUCAGAAAUUUGCUAGCUGACAACUCAGACAAUGCCUGCGAUCAGUUUGAAAAACAGAAAACACAAGAGAAACCGAAAGUUAACUCCGGUGAAGACGUGGAUAGCAAUUCGAGUAAUUUGCUGCAGCCCUCACAAAAGAGCAGAGAUGAGGCUCCAGCUGAAACUGAAGCCGAGCCCGCGGCGGAGGCAGAUGAAGGGGACGUGGAAAUGGUGGCCGAUGAGCCAGAGGAUGAGUCGGAUGCAGGCCUGCCUGCUGUCAAACGUCUGCGACUGAGCACCGAUGAUAAAGCGGAGACUAGCAACAGCACCCAAAGCGGCAAUAACUCCACAGCCACAGCCACCACCUGCUCCUCUACCACUACUACCACAGCAACCACCACCAUUACCAACAAGGAGGAACCAUCUCCCGUAGUUGCCAAACGCAAUCACAGCCUACUGACCAGUAGUAGCUCCGUAGAGAAAGAGGAUAUACCCAGCAAGAAAUUGAAAACGGAUGAUUCCGAUUCGAAUAGCUCAAACGAUGGCACAUUACAAAUCGAUCUCGAUGCUCAUGACAAUACCCUAGAGUCGGAAGGGUCAGCGGCUGCUGCUGAGGCAGCUAAGUUCAAGCGCGACGAGAAGGCAGAGUCAAAGGAACUCAAGUACGACCUAAAGCCCAAGCCGGAGCUCAAAAGCGAUAUCAAGCCGUUGCGUCUGGACUUUCUAAAGAGUUUUCGCAAGAGUUUCGACAAGAUGACGCGUCAGGAUCUGGAAGAGCUGGUGCUGCAGAAGAUCGUCGAGAGCAUGCUGGUAAAGAGCGAAUUUGCGGAGAUACGACGCCAGAUCGACAAUCACGAGAAUACGCUGGCUAACUACCGUCGCAAGAUAGCCGAGGUAUCCAAGCAGUUUCUCGACUUGGAAACGGUGCAUAAGCGUGUGCUUAAGGAUCUGGAAACGAAGAAUGCGCAGUUUACGGCGCCGGUGCGCAUAACGCGUGCUGUGGGCCUUCAAGUGGGCAUGGCCCUAAUGAAGAAGCCCAGCGAGGAGGCAGCACGCAAUCACGCCUCUGGCAGUCAUACUGCGGGCAGUAUGUCAGCGCCAGCUGCCGCAAUGCCAACGCCGCCAAAGGCGAGCACCUCGCCAAUGCGUUCGUCAAUGCGUUCGCUGCCAGCACCUCGAGUCAGUCCACCCCAGCAUCAACAGCUGCAACAGCAUCAACUGCAACAUCAACAGCAACAGCAGCAACUCCAACAGCACCAGCAGCAGCAGACACCACCGUCAAUAGGAACGCGACCCUACGUACAGACGAGCGGCAGUGGCACGCCGCCUGUGCGUCGUGGCUGCAUGCAGAAGGUGACACCUCAGCGGCCUGUCAACAACACGCCCAGCAGUCAUCAGGCGAGCUCCUCUGGCCAGGGUAUGCAGCGUCUGCCCAACACGCCCAAUGUCACAUCACGACCCAUGUACGCGUCCAAGCACACAGGCAGCGUGACACCUGCAACGGCAGCAGCUGUUGCCGCAGCUAUGCGAGCUCGUGGCACUACUGCUAAGCCUAUUACCAAGGAUUACGCGGGCUCCUACAUGACACAGAAACAACAGCAACAACAACAACAACAACAACAGCAACAGCAACAACAACAGCAGCAACAACCAUUGCCCGUUCGCAUUGGUCGCAGUCCCGGCAAGCAAUCCAUAAACAUCAACAGCAAGGCACGCUCCAUGCCCACUGUUUCGGUACCCAUGUCAAAUGCCGCGGAUAGUGGAUCGAGUGGUGCUGGCUAUGGCCAGCCCAGCCUGGCGCCUGCAAGACCCAAAGAGAAGGCCGUCAUCGAUCUCACAGAUGAGGAUGAUGCUGCGGCUGCCGCUGUUGCUGCUGCCAUGGAGCCCAACGCCAAUUCGCGGCUGCGACAAACGCCAAAUGUUUCCGUCAAACGUAACAUGCAGACGCCGCCAAUGGGCUCCAAUGCACGACCCAGCGUCGUGCGCGUCUCGCCCAUGAAUAUACCGCGUGCCAAUGCUGUGGCCCGACAGAUUGUCAAUGGACCAGUUCAGCGAGGUUCGAGUGGCUCGAAUGUACCCAUGCAGAUACGGUCGGAGAAUACGCCGCCGAGUGGAUCGCGUUCACGUUUCUCGCAUCCUGCACCGCUGCCGCUGGCGCCGGAGCAAACCUUUCAUCCGGACUGGAAGCUGCCGCCGUCACGGCCCGUAAUACGCAUCAGUUUGCACGACACGGGCAUUGUCAUCUCUUGGACACUGGAGGGCAAGGGCAAUCUGUUCGCCGAGUGCGUCACGUAUCAGAUAUACGCUUACCAGGAGACGAGUAACGAGCCCAGCACCGAUUCCUGGCGGCACGUGGGCGAUGUGAAGGCCAUGCUCUUACCCAUGGCAGUUACGCUGAAUCAAUUCCAGGAGAAUCAGCGCUACUUCUUUGCCGUACGAGGCGUCGAUGCUCACGAUCGUUGUGGAUUAUUCAGUUUACCCAAGACGUGGUAAUCGAGUCGUGUCUUUUGUUUAUAUGUAUUCUUUAAUCUUAGUUUACAUUAGUUCUUAAGUCUAUUUAUAACUUAUUUAUGCAAUGUGACCCACUCCCUAAAUUAAGUAUUGAGUUUCAGUUUGACUCAUUGGCAAAGUCCCAAAUCUUUCUAGCUAAUUAAAUCGCAUCUAUGUUCGUUCCUUAAGAUAUAUCUUUUAAAAUGGUCAACCAACAAAACUGAAAGCCAUUCAUUUGAAUAUACCAUAACCCAUACUCUUAAGUUAGUCUUAAGUUUUAACUCUUGGAGUGUUUUCUUUGGAUUUAAUCAGACUCUACUCAAAGCAAAUUGCUUCGUGGCAUAUUAAACGCAACAAACACGACUCAUUUUGUUAAUACAGAAACCUAUGUUCUAAGCUUAAAGGAAUAGUACACAAUGAAUAAAUAUUAUAU